AUGGAGGGGCGCGCGAACUCCCCGGGCGAGCCCGGCGCCUGGCCCACCCGGUCCGUGCUGUGCCGCGGCUGCGUGGAGCCACUCGUUUUCCUCGCCAACUUCGCCUUGGUCCUGCAGGGCCCGGUCACCACGCAGUACCUGUGGCACCGCUUCAGUGCAGACCUUGGCUACAACGGCACCCGUCACAGGGGCAGCUGCAGCAACCACAGCGUGAACCCCAUCGCGCAGGAAGUGGAGACACUUACCUCCCACUGGACCCUCUACAUGAACGUGGGCGGCUUCCUGGUGGGACUCUUCUCGUCCACCCUGCUGGGCGCCUGGAGUGACUGUGUGGGCCGCCGCCCACUGCUGGUGCUGGCCUCCCUCGGCCUGCUGCUCCAGACUGUGCUGUCCAUCUUUGUGGUUCAGCUGCACCUCCACGUCGGCUACUUGGUACUGGGCCGCAUCCUUUGUGCCCUCCUUGGCGAUUUCAGUGGGCUCCUGGCCGCUGGCUUUGCCUCCGUGGCUGAUGUCAGCUCCAGCCGCACCCGUACUAUCCGAAUGGCCCUGUUAGAAGCAUGCAUUGGGGUGGCAGGAAUGCUGGCGAGCUUCACUGGUGGCUCCUUGCUCCAGGAGCAGGUUUAUGUCAACCCCUUCUGGCUCGCCUUGGCCUUGCUGACCGUCAUGACUCUCUAUGCAGCAUUCUGCUUUGGUGAGACAGUGAAGGAGCGGACACCUACCCGUCUCUUCACACUCCGUCACCACCGAUCCAUCAUCCAGCUCUAUGUGACCCAGGCCCUGGAGAAGUCCAGGAAGCACUUAGCCCUGUACUCAGUGGCCAUCUUCGUGAUGAUCACAGUGCACCUUGGGGCCCAGGACAUCCUGACCCUCUAUGAGCUGAGUGCACCCCUCUGCUGGGACUCUCGGCUGAUCAGCUACGGUUCCGCAGCUCAGCAGCUCCCAUACCUCACCAGUCUGCUGGGCCUGCGGCUUCUGCAGUACUGCCUGGCCGACACCUGGGUGGCUGAGAUCGGCCUGGUCUUCAAUAUCCUGGGGAUGAUGGUCUUCGCAUUUGCUACGGUCACACCCCUCAUGUUCACAGGGUACGGGCUCCUUUUCCUGUCGUUGGUUGUCACCCCUAUCAUCCGGGCCAAGCUAUCUAGACUGGUGAGGCAAUCGGAGCAGGGCGCUCUCUUUUCUGCUCUGGCCUGUGUGAAUGGCUUGGCCAUGCUGAUGGCCUCUGGCAUCUUCAACUCGCUCUACCCAGCCACCCUGAACCUCAUGAAGGGCUUCCCCUUCCUCCUGGGAGCUGGACUGCUCUUCAUCCCGGCCAUCCUGAUGGGGAUACUGGAAAGGGAUAAUCAUUGCCCUGAAUUCCAGGAGUUUUCCCAGAGCCCCUGAUCUGCCUGGACCCAAGGACAGAGGGCAAGAGGAGCACCGUGAGUGCUGACCAACUGGAAGGAGACGCAUCUGGAUCCCAGCCCUUAGCAUAGCGGCAA